UCUCUCCACCCCUUUCCUCCUCUCUGCCUCACUCCAUCUCUCUCAAACGUCCCUCUGCCUCUCUCUUAUAUUGAAAUUGGUCUGGGUCGACCAGGAUCACAGAACACCGCUUCUCUAUUGCUGCACAUUGUCGGGCAUUCCGCAAAACCCGAUCACUUGAAACACAAUAAGCAGACACAAAGGAAAGGACAUAGUACCACAAUAUAUUUUUAAAGGUAGAACAGGUUUUUCUUAUAAAAAAAAAAUACCGUCCGUUUGUGCGUGUUAAGCGUUGUAAAGUAGGUGUUUAACUAUAACAGUCCAACUACAGUAUAAAAUAGCCAUGCAUUUGCACAUUAUAAUGCGCGCUAGCAUUGGAUUAGUCGGUUUCUGUCUGCUUGCCUUUGUCCAACAGCCAGCUCGCGCUUCAGGAGGCAAAUCCACUCAAGAUGUGGAUGAGUGUGCAGAGCAAAUUGACAACUGCAGCACCGAUGCCAUCUGCCAGAAUACACUCAAGUCAUACAAAUGCAUCUGCAAGUCGGGCUACAAGGGGGAUGGCAAGCACUGUGAAGAUUUAGACGAGUGUGCGAGUGAGUACAACGGUGGCUGUGUCCAUGACUGCAUCAACAUCCCGGGGAACUACAGGUGCACAUGCUAUGACGGCUUCCGGCUGGCACACGACGGACACAACUGCCUUGAUGUGGAUGAGUGUUCAGAGGGGAAUGGUGGAUGUCAGCAGAUCUGUGUCAACAUGAUGGGCAGUUACGAGUGCCGCUGCAGAGAAGGAUUCUUUCUGAGCGACAACCAGCACACCUGCAUCCAAAGGCCUAAAGCGCGACCAGAGGGCACCAAGGAGAGCCCCACCUGCAUGGAUAAGAACCAUGGCUGUGCUCACAUCUGCCGGGAGACACCAAAGGGAGGCAUCGCCUGCGAGUGCAGGCCUGGCUUCCAGCUCACCAGGAACAUGAGGGACUGCAAGUUGACCUGUAACUACGGCAACGGGGGUUGCCAGCACAUCUGUGAGGAGACGGACCACGGCCCCAGAUGUGCGUGUCACAUGAAGUUUGCCCUGCAAACCGAUGAAAAGACAUGUGUAGGGGAGAGGAGUCUCCAGAACCAGGCAGCCCCACAGCUGUUCCACAAUGAGACGUGUGUAGUGAACAAUGGUGGCUGUGACAGCACAUGUCACGAUGCAGUGACCGGAGUCCGCUGCAGCUGUCCUGUAGGCUUCACUCUCCAGCCAGACCGCAAGACCUGCAAAGACAUUGAUGAGUGUCGCCUGAACAACGGGGGGUGUGAUCACGUAUGUCGGAACACAGUGGGCAGCUUCGAGUGCAGCUGCAAGAAGGGCUACAAGCUGCUGACCAAUGAGAGGACAUGCCAAGACAUUGACGAGUGUUCUUUUGACCGGGCGUGUGACCAUUCCUGCAUCAACUCCCCCGGCAGCUUCCAGUGCUUCUGUCAUAAAGGCUAUGUUCUCUACGGCCUGGCACAUUGUGGAGAUAUUGAUGAGUGCAGUAUAAACCGCGGUAGCUGUAAAUACGGCUGUGUCAACACUCAGGGCAGCUAUGAGUGUACUUGUCCAACUGGAUACAAGCUGCACUGGAACAGGAAGGACUGCAUUGAGCUGGUGAAAUGUCUGCCUGGCCUAGCUCCCAAGACCACUCUGACCUGCAGUAAAACCGGCAAGAAAGAGAGCUGCUCCCUCACCUGCACCUCCAAGGCUCACUAUCUGGCAGAAUCUGACAGCAGCUAUACAGUGAGCUGUGGCAUCCCCAUCCUACGAGGCAAAUCCCCAGCCAGGCUGAACACAAGCAGCAGUCCGAGCUGCAUAGAAACAGGGGCCCCGCCAGUGAAGCAGACCGCCUCUUUCAAGAUCAAAGAUGCCAAGUGCCACCUGCACCCCAAGCUGACAGGCAGGGCUGAGGACAGGGGCCGAGCGCUGGGGCCAGGUGAGGGGCCACAUCUGGCCUACAUUCCAGACCUUGGAAGUGGACAGCCCUGCAAUAACUGCCUGGUUACGUUUGUCAACCUCAAAUGUGACUCCUCCAAGAAGGCCAAAGGGCGUCGUGUCCGUAACCCCACCAACAAAGAAGUGACACGCAUCACCCUGGAGCUCGAGGCGGAGGUCAAGCCAGGAGACACCACAGGAAGCUGUAACCUGAGUUGCCUGCGCCAGCGCAUGGAGAAGCAAGUGAAGACAUACAUCAAGGCCCUGAAGAAGUCGAUCAACCAGGAGCGUUUCCUGAUCCGCGUGGCUGGGCUGGAGUACGAGGUGGCCCAGAAGCUGCCCCAGGUCGCUUCAGCAGGCCACGAGAACUGUGGUCCAGGACGGGAGAAGGACAGCGGACGCUGUGUCAGAUGUUUGCCAGGAUCGUACUACCAAGGGGAACAGGAGCGCUGCAUCCAGUGCCCACCUGGCACCUUUCAGGAGAGGGAGGGGCAGCUGGCCUGUGACCUGUGCCCUGGCAGUGAUGGGCAUGGACCUGCCGGGGCACGCAACAUCUCCUCCUGUGCAGGUCAGUGCCCUACUGGCUACUUCUCCAGUGAUGGGUUUCAGCCAUGCCAGCCAUGCCCGUUUGGCUCCUACCAGCCUGACCUGGGACGGACCCUAUGCUUUCCCUGUGGAGGGGGGCUGAGCACCAAACGGGAGGGGUCCAGCUCCUUCCAUGACUGUGAGGUCAAAGUUCAGUGCUCCCCUGGCCACUACUACAACACUACGGUGCACCGCUGUAUUCGUUGCCCUCUGGGCAGCUACCAGACAGAGUUCAGACAGAACUACUGCAUCACCUGUCCUGGUAACACCACUACAGACUUUGAUGGGGCCACCAGUGUCUCUCAGUGCAAGAACCGAGAAUGCAGAGGAGAGAUGGGAGAGUUCACAGGUUACAUUGAGUCGCCCAACUACCCCGGAAACUACCCAGCUAAUGUGGAAUGUAUCUGGAUCAUCAACCCACCCAACAAGCGCAAGAUCCUCAUGGUGGUGCCUGAGAUCUUCCUGCCCUCAGAGGACGAGUGUGGAGACGUACUGGUUAUGAGGAAGAACUGGUCGGCCACAUCCAUCACCACCUAUGAGACGUGUCAGACGUACGAGCGACCUAUAGCCUUCACCGCCCGCUCGCGCAGACUCUGGAUCAACUUUAAGUCCAACGAGGCUAACAGUGCCCGAGGCUUCCAGAUCCCCUAUGUCACCUAUGACGAGGAUUAUGAACAGCUUGUAGAGGACAUUGUCAGAGAUGGAAGACUCUAUGCCUCUGAAAACCAUCAAGAAAUCCUAAAGGAUAAAAAGCUGAUUAAAACUCUCUUCGACGUGCUGGCCCACCCAAACAACUACUUCAAGUACACCACUCGGGAGUUCAGCGAGAUGCUGCCGCGCUCCUUCUUGCGCCUCAUAAGCAGCAAAGUCUCCGCCUUCUUGCGACCAUAUAAGUAGUCUCCACAUCAAACCCCGCCCCUGAAGGACCAGAUCCCACCCCCCUCUAACAGGCCAAACAACAAACUCUCACAGGACUUCUAACAAGUUGACAAAAAAUAACUAUUUUUUUCUUCUAUUUUUUCAUACUGUAGGCUUUGACGACACACUUCACUAUGCAGUCUCAUACUCAAUCUGUUUUGCAGUAUUUAGUUGUAUGCCAUUUUAAUUUCUCCAAAACCAUGCAGUAUCUGAAGCCAACCAACUUGAGUCAAAGUACAGUACAGGCUUUCUUGCCCAUCUCUUCUUUCUGAAUAUUUAUCACGACUCCAAUAUGUUUGUGUCAUUGUAUUUUUUGGUUUGUUGCUGUUGUCAUUCUUGUUUCUAUUAUCAUAUAGCAUAGAUGGCCUUGUCUGUCAUUUUCACAGCAAUCCAUAAUUAGAAGGAUAUGUGUGCAUUUCAGAUGACGCAUGUUGUCUGUUUGUUGACAAAAUGGACAACGGUAGAGGCAUUUAUGUCAAACAGGAAGAAGGAUGUAAGGGCAAUGUGUUUGUCACAUUUGUUUUGAGCUGGAACAGGGUUAUCGUAAACGUGCUUUAAUAAAUAGUCUUUCACUUGAAUUCCAGCUUUAACCAUGACAGGAUGAGUCUGUUUGGAUAAAUGAAUAACCUUUUGUAUAUCUAUAUCCUCCAUAAGCAGUCCUCAAGGAGAAGGACCUGUCAGUUUCAUGUCAUAGUUACAUUCCACAACAUUCAAAGCCUUACUAUAUCUGAGCUCUUAGAGCAACUUCUUGUUAAGGUAUUACUGUUAAAACAGUUAUUCUAUGUUUUUUUUCUUCUGUCCAGAUUGUAUAACUGUCUGUUGCCUACCUACAGAUAUUUUCUGUUAGUCUAUAUUCAAGUUAACUUAUACAAAGUGUAUAAAUUGUAGUUUAUUAAAAAAAAAUCCAGAAGGUGAUGGACAUUUUGGAAAAUAAAUAGAAAACUAGAUUUGUGAGAAUCACAGAUGAAAGUCAGAAUAAUGUCUCUAUGGUCCAUGACUGGUGAGGAGAGAGACAGAAUAAUGUCUCUAUGGUCCAUGACUGGUGAGGAGAGAGACAGAAUAAUGUCUCUAUGGUCCAUGACUGGUGAGGGAGAGAGACAGAGAAAUGUCUCUAUGGUCCAUGACUCGUGAGUGAGAGACAGAUAAAUGUCUCUAUGGUCCAUGACUGGUGAGGGAGAGACAGAUAAAUGUCUCUAUGGUCCAUGACUGGUGAGGGAGAGACAGAUAAAUGUCUCUAUGGUCCAUGAUUAGUGAGUAAAACAGAGAUACAUCUUAAUUAAAGGGCAAGGUUCUGUGAUACAGAAAACGUCUUUAUUGGACACAACUGUGAGAGAGAGACAGAGAAAUGUCUGUGAGGGACAUACGUUUGCUGCUUCUCUCAAAAAGGUCACUUUAAUUCUUCAAUUUCAAGUCGUCUUUCUGUGCUCGCAUCACACUAAUAGUCCAUUGCAUUAAUAUAAAAUAAUGUUCGGAGAGAUGCAUCAUAAGUAAGUUGAAAGUCAUAUCACAUUUGCCUCUUCAUCCAUGGAUUACCAACUGAUUGUAAUGUUAUUCUUUCAAUCUUGUAAAUAAUGGAAAAAAAAUGGACACGGUUUGAAUCCUUUUUAAUCUAAAUAAACUUGAGCAGGAUCCCGAAACUAUUUUCUUUCCAUGUCCUCUUCACCCUCUCCCUAAUCCAAAGACCCCCCCCACAACACCAGCCCCCUUUUCCCCAAACACCCACGUCAGAUUCUGUCCCAAUAAGACCAGCUCUUCCAAAGACUGUCCGCACGGCAAAAGCCUAGUUAUUAUCUCGUGCACUAGAUCUAGAGCCUGUCAUCCUACCUUUGUUGUAUAAGUGCAAUAAAUGAAGUCUCCAUUGUGCUACUCCUCUCUUUGUGUCCAAAGAAAUACUAAAAAACAAUGUUAAUAUUUGUCAAAACAUAACAAAGGAUUGUCUUUUCUUGGACUCAUUUAAAAAAAUUGUGACUGGCGUUAGGGUUUUGAAUGAAGUUACUUUAUAUUCAGCAUCCCACUACAAUAAUGUUGAAAAACGAAUAUAGUUGAUCAAUACAAUACUAUUACAAUGGAAUUAUUGCAAUGCAAAAACAAAUGACAAUGAUAACAAGUAAUCCUAAUACACUCAAACCUUUGUUGAAGAAGAAUCAACAUGUUAGCUACGGCUCUUAAAUAUAAUGGAUUUCCCUUGGAAACUCUGUUUUUAUUUUAUUUUAGAUUUUUUUUUUGUAAAUAAAAGAGAAAAUAAACCGUGUAAAUGGUAAAAGCUAUUGCACAAUACCUUUAGAUAGUUGUAAGCACAGGUGCUUCUGGAUAAGAGAAAAGGAUUUUGACCACAUUGCUAAAUUGCAAGACAAGCGUGGCCUAGCCAUGCAGACCUCAUAGUCAGAAGGAACUGUUUAAUACCCAUCACAGAACAUCUGCCAUAUCUGUGUUCUUUUGAAUGUUUGUUUUACAGUUGCCAUUAGUAUUUAUACCACCCUGUUUUUUUUAUUCCAACAUUUCGAUAUCAAUAGCAAACAGUCCAUAGCACUCACUGUUUCCACCUGUCUCAACUCAUCCUUUCCCUCUCUUCAUCCCUCUGUCCCUGCAGCCUGAACACAUCAGAUGGUUGAGUUUUUUUUUUACAUGAGUUUGCUAUGAUGUAUCAUAGAGUUGAUAAUGGUAUUUGCACUUGAAAAUUGUUAUUGCUCAUGUAAAAAUGUCUGGAUUUUGUAUUGUCUUUUUAAAUGAAUGGAAUUGCUGUUCUUACAUUUCUUGUAGCUCUCGUUUGUUCUCUAAAUGCUCGCCUACUGUGUUCAACCCAUGAAGAUGAAGAUGCACACGUGCAUGUACCUUUAUCAACUGUACAACAAAAAAAAUAUUAAAAAGUAUGUACAGAGAUGAAAUGAAACAAGAUUAUGAGCUUGUUUCUGUCAAAAACACUUCAAAAUAAACAUACUGUAAUUGAGUUUAAUUUCUAAUAUUAUUUGAUGUCAAAGUAGCCCUUUUCUUUAAAUAUGUUUAUGAGACUAAGGAGGACAUCUCAGAAUCCCUGUUUAUACCUGGUUCUAACUUGCAUCCUUUGUCCUGAUCUUGUCCACAUUCUGAAUGUGCCAACAUUUUUAGUCAGGUGUAGACAAUCAAAAGACACAUUGUGAUCUGAUUCUGAUCAGAUCCUCCUGUCCACCUCCAGAGGUAGUCAAACAUGCCUUGUAUAGACAUCUCUGGACAGAGAAACCAUUUAAAUCAUAAUUAUUCCACCCUCUAAAAUCAUUGACAGGUUGCUGCAUUGACUGAUUAUAUCAAUAUGUGUCUUACAAAAAAUAACAUUUCUUAUUUUGAAAGAAAAGCUGUGACAUAAUGUGCCUAAAGGAAGGUACCAGGAUAUCUGGUCACAAUACAGACACAUUGGACAGAUAACAUACAUUUAAAAUACUAUGUGUAGACAACACAUUUCUGGAAAUGUGGGCACAAUCAGAAUGUACACAAGAUCAGGACAAAGGACCCAUGUUAGCACCAGGUAUAAACAGGGGUAGACAAUAACCAUCUCUUAAAAACAAUUGGAGCAGAUAAGGGGGGUACUAUUUUGUGUAUUAGGUUUGUGUACUGGUCUUUCUGACUCACCCUUGAAACUGGAAUGGAAACAGACAAGAAAAUCAUUCGAGCAUCAAUUUAAUCCAAAACUGUGCUGAGAUUAUAUCCAGUGCUGUAGAAGUACAACACGUUUUUAAACCAUGUAUAAUGUCUCUAAAUGAUACAAUAUUAAAUCAAGUAUGUAGUCCCUUGUGUUGUCUUAAAGGUAAAAAAAAAAAAAACCCUUAAACUAUGUUGAACAGCAGAGAAAGCCCCC